UAGGGUUAGGGUUUCGGCAAAACAUCUCGACAGCCUCACGAGUUCAGUUGAGUUGCUGUCGUGGUUUGGAUCUCAUCUCCUUCCACCAUCGCCAUCGCCAUCCCCUCACACUCAUCCCCCUCCACCUCGCCCUCUGCCUUGGCUGCAGGUGGUUAUUUCCACGCCUGAGGAUUUUACUGUUGGCGCCGGAGUUGGUUGCGGCUCCUUGUUGCGGUUUCCGCUGACACAGAGGCGGUUGCAGGGUUUGGUGGAGCUUGAAGCUCGUGGCUGUAUUGGUUGUGGUGUUCUGACUUGGAGUCUUCUUUCGGAAGGGCGUGGCACAGCUUGGUCACUGUUGCUGUGAGCGGGUUUUGGAGUCCGCGUUUUGAGGUUGGCGGCGGAGGCAUCACUUUCGACUCCUGCAGUAGGGGGAGAUCGAAGUACGGCAAUUGUGGGCCCCGUGUUCGUGUGUUACCAGGAACCAUGGCGAACCAUUCUGCGAAUGCUCCCAUACAAAUCCCUGCUACAGCACAUGUGGUGGGGAAUGCGUUCGUGAACCAGUAUUACACCGUCCUUCAUCAGUCACCACAAGUGGUUCAUCGGUUUUACACCGACUCCAGCCGCUUGACUCGGGCCGAAGAAGGAGCUGAUGGUGCCGUGGACACCGUUUUCACUCAAAAGGAAAUACACCAGAAAGUGAUGUCGUUGGACUACAGCCAACUGAAGGCAGAAAUCAAGACCGUGGACUCUCAGGACUCGCUGAAUGGUGGAGUGUUGGUUCUAGUGACGGGGUCGCUGUCCACGAGUUCCAGUGGGAAGAGGAAUUUCGUGCAGAGCUUCUUCUUGGCUCCACAGGCGAAAGGGUACUUCGUGCUUAAUGACGUCCUCCGUUAUCUGGACGACGCUACUCCGCAGGAAAAGACUGGGCCAAGCGUUCCGAGCGUUAACGUAGAGGCAGCAGUCGUUCACCAACCCGUUCCCGAGCCAGCUGCGGACCAACAGGCUUCGGCGCCGGAACCCGAGUUGGUGAGGGAGGUUUCACCCUCUUCUUCGGAGAGCGAGACGAUGGUCCAGGAGGUUCGCGUGCACUCGGAGACUGCAGAAAGUGAAGGCGAGGGCGAGGACGGCUCAGCGCCAGUUCUAGACACGACUACACCGGUGAUCGAGGAACCGGAAUCGCCGAUGGUCCAGGACGCCCCGUCUUCGGCAGUGAAUGAGGCCGAGAGUGGUGGGGAGGCACCCAAGAAGCACUCGUACGCGUCUAUUCUGAGAGUUAUCGGAACACCGCCUCCGAAGGCUGCGCCUCAGGCUCCGGCCGAACGUCCUGCAGCCAGUGCAACGGCAUCUCCAGCUCCUGCGACAGCUCCUUCACAGGAAGUGCAGGAAGAGAGCGCACCUGUGGAAAACGAAGCUGACGGGCGGUCAGUGUACGUGAAGAAUCUGCCGAUGAACACCACGGCACCAGAGCUAGAGGAGGUGCUGCGCAACUAUGGGGCGGUGAAACCUGGCGGCGUGAACGUGAAGAAUCAGAAGGGUGUAUGCUACGCUUUUGUGGAGUUCGAGGAAGUUAGUGGAGCUCAGAGUGCGAUCGAGGCUUCUGGUGUGGAAAUCCGUGAGCGUCCAGUGUACAUCGAGGAGAAGAAGCCCAUGGGACGAGCGCCGAGGCGUUCGGUCGACAACAGAGGCGAGCGGCCAUAUCGUAGCGACAGAGGCGAAGGGGGAAGAGGACGCGGGUCAUACGGUGGGCGAAACUUCGGUCGUGGCAUGGGGCAAGAGUCACGGGAGCGAGACGGAGGCAGCAGGGGCGGGCGCGGGUCCGGAGCUCCGCGAGGAGGGUACCCUAACUCGAACGGCAGUGGUGCGGCAGCAUACGGCGGGGGAGAGCGUCGCGGCGAAGGUCAAAGAGCACCAAGACGCAACCCUGGUGCGGCGCAGGGUGGGCGUGGUAACGGUGCGCCUGCGGCCGCUCCGGCGUGAGCAGAGGUGGUGGUGGGAUGGGCGAGGGUGCGGAAGGGCGAAGCGAAGUCGGGCAAAUGCUUGGGUGUGAGGCAGCGGGGAUGCAUCUGAGUUGCCUAGUGGUGCGAUGUUAGUAGUAGUGGAGGGUUACAGGAUGUGGUAGUGCCGAGUAGCGUAGGUGCAGUGUCAGGGCUAAGAGAGUUGGUAGAGGGAGUCAGCGGAACUCGCUGCCAAAGGUGCGCAGUGGAAUAGAUGCUCACAAGCCAAUUUGUGAAAUGUUUUUGGCGGAAGGUAGAGUGGUGGGAGGGUCUGUGGGAGGAGGUUUAUAGGGGUGGUGAUGUUGGCAAGCACGCGACGGUUCGCAGCAAAGAUUUUGACGAGCGUAGGUUAGUUGACAAUUGCUGGGAGACUAGUCUAGUGUGGAGGGCGAGGAAGAUGUACAUUGGCGUCCUGGUGCAGUGCGUUUUGAUAUUUGGUGGCACGGAUUACAGAUGGUAAGAAGCGAUUGUAAAUUGAGUAGGUUGGCAAGCAAUUUUGGAAUAAUGAUGUGAUGAGAUGCCAGGCUGGUAUUGUCGAGGAGUAA